UUCGGAAUGCCGUUCUGCCCAUGUGGGGCUAAAUAUGACUAAAUCAUAGCUGAAAACAUAAUUUGAUUUUGGUCAUUGUUCAUCUAAACUGUUUCUCACCCAUCUGGGAAUGGAAGCUUGUGUUUUAGGAGUUAACCAAUCACAAACAUCAUGUCCAAUCACAAGCCUGCUGCCUGACUGAAAGGACAGCGGCUCCACCAUAUUUUAAAUGAGUCAUCUCUGCUCGUCUGUCAGCUGUUGGUGCUGUUGCCAUCCCAUGAGACUGCGGAGAGGCAGAUGCAUCAUAUCAAUAUUGUCAUCCCACUAGGGCGCUUGGUGUGGGUGUUAAGUCUAUAAAACCCAGUCCAGCAGAAUGACGGGCACACUCAGUCUGCGAAACAGCACAUCACCAAGCAGGCUGUAAAGGAGACAAGGCGUCCUUGAACUGUCCUUUCCUUCUCUGCCAUCCAUUUUUCUGAGACUACCCACAUGGUAAUAUAAUGUUUUAUAUUGUUUAGAGAGCCCCAUCUAUGCAGCACUGAGGCCCAAUAAAAAAUUCUUGCUUGGUAGCGUUGAAGUAAUGCUCCUCACACAAUCGGAGAUAAUUUAAUCCUUAAUGUUUUAUCUUUGGCUAUUCGUGCAUUUUUUAAAUGUUGAAUUUUGCAUGUUUAAAUACCAGGAGUUGAGAAGUAAUCACCUGUCCGUGUCAGAACUGGAUGAAUAUUCCUAUUGAGAUAUAUUGCAUCAUUAUAUCAUUGCACCAUUUUAGCCUCUAUAACCUGCAGUCCUGAUGCAGUUUAGCAGCAAGUGGCCAUAAUGGACUGCCAUCUCAUAAUUGAAGUCAUUUCUAUAGUACUGUAGAAAUGUGUUACCUCCCUUCCAAAAAGUCUUAGUUUGUUGUUUGCAACACCUACUGGUUUUAUAUUAGGAAACAGAAUUCAGUAUUGGACAAAAACAACUUGAGUGAAUAUAAAAGGCAGUUUGCAAAAGAUGAUUUUCUUAAAGAUCUCAUUCACUGAGAAACUGUUCACUCUGAACAUGAACAUAGUUUUCAUCUCACAUCUCCUGCAUUUGACGCUGAAAGGAAAUGGGUGAAAUGGUAAAUGGUCUGUAUUUGAUAUAGUGCCUUCUGGAGUCCCAGAAACACCCCAGUGUCAUUCACACGCAAAAAAAUCCAGUCAGUUCUACAUCAAAGGGAAAAUUAGCAUUCAUGUUCCCGCCCACCUUAGCUUGGGCCCAACUAUAGAAGGCUGUGUUUAUUUUGCAGCCAGGAGAGAGCAGAGCGUGUCUUGGCUAGUAGAAGCUUUCCAUUAGAAUUAGCAACUCCACCACAUGGCAGAACACCUUCAGGCAUGUGAUAUUUGUGGAAAUAAAACAUCAAAGUUGCAUUUUCUUAAACAAGAAAAAAAAAAGCAAACUAGGAUGGUGGAAUAGUCAUGUUGACAUCAGCUAAUUGGAGGCAGGUGAUUUGCAUAAGAAUAUUAGAGUAAGACUCCCCCGCCCUCAUUCUUCCAACAAACUUCUACCCCUGAAACAGGAGGACUGGAGCUUUUUCCCAUAGAAAACGACUCACAAGGCUCUCACUCAUUCUAGAGACCACAGCAAAUGUAUCUAAAAAUUGAGUGAAUGAGGCCUUUUAGGACAAAGGCUAUUCAAACCAACUUUACCAUAUGUGGAAAAAUGAUAGAAAAGCAAAAGUGGAAAAAUGUCCAUCAUUAGAGAGUUCCAAGGCCCAAACCUCAGCCAAUCCAAAAUAACACAAAGGCCCAUUUUACAUUUGCCAAGAAUUUGUGGGAAUAUUCUGUGAACUGCUGUACAACUAACAUCUUAUCAACAGGGACACAUGGUGGUGGUAUUGUGAUGAUUUGGGGCCUCUGUACUCGGUGGCGUGUCCAGAUCUUUUAAAAUGGGGUGGUCCAGGUGAGGCACAACUUUGAGCAUGGGUGGCAUCAAUGGUUAUGCUUUUUUUGUUUUACCCCCAAGCCUUUUGUGGACAAUGAAAAGCCUAUUUAAAGGUAAAUUAGUGUGGUGGCACCUGGGGUGGCCAAUCAGAUUCCAAGGGUGGCAUGUGCCACCCCAGGCCACUCCCUGGACACGCCCCUGGCUGUACUGCUUCAGGACCAUUCUCUUUCUUUUCAUGGUCCUAAAUAUUUCUGUAAGCUUUUUGUGUGCAUGAUACUUCGUCUACUUAUCCACUCAUUUUCCAACGUAUUUAGUGGGUAACUAAAAAUGUGAGAUGUUAAUCUGGACCUGUUACAGAAAUAGAAUCAAUGAUUGAGCUGGUAUCGUUAAUAUUUUCCAAGUUUAGAGAAUAAUCUUGAAUAGUUUAGUUAAAUUUGAAGUGGUUGGGAUGAUGUGCAUAUUAUACUUGCACUGAAUUAUGGCACAUCUGUAAACCAUAAUUUCCCAUUUAGUUUUCCCAUUAAGUGUUCUCCAAACGUACACUCUCAAAUAAAAGACCAAUUACGGUGCUGAUUUUAAAGGAAUGGCAUCAUGGAACGGAUCACCUUCUUGCUGUGCGUUAUUUUCCAGCAGCCUGAUUUGAUUUAUCUUAACUUGAUUUGGCAUCUCCCUCAUCCUCUUUGUUCUUCCAAACGGAGGAAUGACCAAACAAACGCACAUGCAAAGAGGGAGAGAGCCAAACAGAUAAUGAAGUGUUGAAAUAUAGGACACAGAAAGGACAUUUAAAACACAUUUCUUUCCAGAAGUGUAUCAUCUGUUUUUUUUUUUGUCUGCAAGUCUUAAUGGAAAGUGCUUUCAAAUUAAAGUCAUGUAUCAUUCAGUUCUAAUACAUUAUCGGUCCUGACACUUGUGGGCAGAUACUCAUCACUCAAUUUCUCUUAAAAUGUGACAUGUAUCCACAGCCGAGGCGUAAUCUGUCUCAAUCCCUUUCACUCACCUUUUGUCUCAGUCUCUUCCUUGGCUUUGCUUGACUGAAUAAUUCUUGAUGAGACGGGCUGCAGCAUCAGGACCACAUCACAUUCCGUUCAUGCUGGUUUUUGUUCAUCCCUGUGAUAGAUGUGAGAAAACUCUGCUUUAGAGGUUUUAAGUUUGGAGUUUAUUUCUUAUUGUUUGAAAAGUGAAUGUGAAAGAAACACCAAUUCAUUUCCAAAUGGUGUUUCUUUUUGGUCAUUGUUGGGUUAAAGGUGUGGUUCACUCAUUCAGCCAAUACAUUUUCAGUGGUCUCUAGUAGGAAUUAAUGUCUUGUAAGUUGUUCUGGGGGGGGAAACAUACCGGUGCACUAUUUCCAGGAUCUAGUAGUGACUUGCAUCACAGCUGAGCUUCAGACGGCAGGUUUUGGAGUGUUAUUUCCUGAUAUUUAGACAUCUCACCUUGGAUUGGAUAACAGCAACACAAGCACACAAAUUGUCACACCCUGUCCUGUCUCCCUAUUCUGUUCAGUCCUGUGUUCAUGUUAAUUGCUCCCACCUGACUCUCGUCUCCCAAUCACCCAAGGUCCCAGCUCCUCCUGUAUUUAAACCUUGUUAGUCCAUUUUGUCUGGUUGGUUCAUUGUUUCAUUGUCCUACGUGUCCCUGAAUAAAUCCGUGUUUUAAACGUUCCUGUCUGCCUACCUGCCUGCUUCUUCACCCGCGUGUGGAUCCACACCUCCGCUUCGCUCACCGGCACGUUUGUGACACAAAUAACACAAGACAGGAGGAGCUUGUGCUUUGUGAUGGUCCAAGGCCAACCCAGAAGGAAGUAGUUUCUCUGAGGGCGUUCAUGCUUCUCUUCCUCAAGCAACUCAUUCUGAAGGAUCGAGGUGUGAAGGAGGAUGAAUUGCAGAGCAUCCUGAACUAUUUGCUAACAAUGCAAGAGGAUGAAAAUCUGCAUGAUGUGUUACAGUUGGUGGUAGCUCUCAUGUCUGAGCAUCCAGCUUCCAUGAUCCCUGCCUUCGACCAGAGAAAUGGAAUACGGGUCAUCUACAAGCUUUUGGCCUCUAAGAGUGAGAAUAUUCGUGUACAAUCCUUGAAAGUGCUCGGAUACUUCCUAAAGCACCUGGGACACAAAAGAAAAGUGGAGAUCAUGCACACACAUAGCCUGUUCACUCUUCUGAGCGAGAGGCUAAUGUUGCUCACCAACACGGUUUCCGUUACGCUCUACAACACCCUGUAUGAGAUUUUGACAGAGCAGGUCUGCACGCAAGUAGUGCACAAACCUCACCCUGACCCCGAUUCUACCGUCAAGAUUCAGAACCCAAUGAUCCUAAAGGUGGUAGCGACUUUACUGAGGAACUCCCCUCCCAGCACAGAGCUGAUGGAGGUUCGGCGGCUCUUUCUUUCAGAUAUGAUCAAACUCUUCAGCAACAGCCGAGAAAACAGACGGUGUCUGCUGCAGUGCUCUGUGUGGCAGGACUGGAUGUUUUCUCUUGGCUACAUCAAUCCUAAAAACUCAGAGGAGCAGAAAAUCACUGAGAUGGUGUACAACGUGUUUCGUAUUCUCCUCUAUCACGCCAUCAAGUAUGAAUGGGGAGGAUGGCGCGUGUGGGUGGACACCCUCUCAAUAGCCCACUCUAAGGUGACAUAUGAAGCACAUAAAGAGUAUUUGGCAAAGAUGUAUGAAGAGUACCAGCGCCAGGAGGAGGAAAAUAUCAAGAAAGGGAAAAAGGGUUUGGUCAGCACUAUUUGUGGUUUAUCCUCUCAGCCAUCUGGCAUCAAAGGAGUGAUUGAGAUUGGAGAAAUGGACGAUACCUCCCAGACACCUGAAAGUGAGACGGACUACGAGAGCUCUAACCUGCUGGUUGACAGGAAGGGGUCAGACGAGGGUGCUGUAGACGGGGUCAGGGCUGAAGUUCAUGACCUGCUGGUGGACAUCAAGGCUGAAAAGGUGGAAGCCACUGAGGUCAAGCUAGAUGACAUCGAGUUGUCCUCAGAAAUGUUGGGAGUGUCGGAGAUUGGACCCCUGGUUGAGGUGGAUUCUCUGCUGGAGGAUGUUUACUGUGCUGCUGUGGAGAAGAUCAACAGUAACGUCGGCAGUCUGUUGUUGGACGACCACAACGCCGCCCCUCUCAUUACGCUGGAUGAUGACAAGGACAGCAUUCCUCACAGUAACAGCUUCCUGUUUGGCAAGGCUCCGGGUAGCAUAGAGGACAAGCUACUGCCUGAUCUGAGUCCAGCUGAGCCUCUGGUUCUGCCCUGUCCAGAGUUGCCUGUUCACACCAGCCCCGGUGAUGAUCUCGGCCUUCUGACUCGCGUGACGAGCAGCUCAUUAUCCAGCAUCCUGGAGAAGCACGAGUUUGACCUUAAGACGGCCCUUGAGAGUAUCAACUCUGUGACUGAAACUGAGGACUCAUCCAGAGUCCCACAAGCCAACGGGGGCACAUCUGCACCUGAAGGCGGCCCACUGGCUGAUGAGACCACUGGUACUCCUGGUGCUGUGAGACCGGACGAUGGCAGAGACAAGGAGAUGAAAAAGAUCCAGAUGACAGCCACUACGCAGAGUGUGCAUGGACGACUAGUCUCUCAGAUGGAAAAGGACGUGCAUGUGGAUCUUGGCUUUAGGGGGGCGCCCAUGACGGAGGAACAGCGACGUCAGUUCAGCCCUGGUCCUCGCACCACCAUGUUCCGCAUCCCAGAGUUUAAAUGGUCGGCCAUGCACCAGCGACUGCUCAGUGACCUGCUGUUUGCUCUGGAGAGUGACGUUCAUGCCUGGAGAAGCCACUGCACCAAAUCUGUCAUGGACUUUGUUAAUAGUAAUGAGAACAUCAUUUUUGUGCACAACGCCAUCCAUCUCAUCUCCCAAAUGGUCGACAACAUCAUUAUUGCCUGUGGAGGCAUUUUGCCCCUUCUCUCUGCGGCCACCUCUCCUUCUACUGAGUUGGAGAACAUCGAGGCCACUCAGGGCAUGUCUUCAGAAACUGCCAUUACUUUCCUGUCCCGUCUCAUGGUCAUGGUAGAUGUUCUGGUCUUCUCGAGCUCCCUCAACUUCAGUGAGAUUGAGGCAGAGAAGAACAUGUCCUCCGGUGGCCUGAUGCGCCAGUGCCUCAGACUGGUGUGUUGUGUGGCGGUGAGGAGCUGCCUGGAGUGCAGGCAGAGACACGAUAACAGGACUCAGGAAAUCCUGCAGAAUACUGUGAUUUUUAACAAGACCACCAUGGAGACUGUUCCUACUAACCUGUCUCCAAUCAAGGACCCUGAUCGUCUUCUGCAGGAUGUGGACAUCAACCGGCUCCGUGCUGUGGUGUUUCGGGAUGUGGAUGACAGCAAACAAGCCCAAUUCCUGGCUUUAGCUGUGGUGUACUUCAUCUCUGUCCUGAUGGUCUCAAAAUACCGCGACAUCCUCGAACCUCAGUGUGAGACCGUCAAGAUAAGCAGCCAAUCAGUCCACAGCAUGUGUCAGGAGACCAACUCUCUCUCCAGCAAAGAAACACCUCUAGCAUUUCCAGGCAGCAGGGAGCUAUCAGAAGAUCUCCAUGUAGAAAUCUCUCUGCCUCACACAGACUCUGGGAUCGGGGAUGAGCAGGUAGCCAGCAUCCUUAGCGGAUCGGACCUGGAACACAAAGCGGGAGGACCUGACGUUGUGGGCGAGCUCAUUUCCACACUGUCCUCUGAAGUGAAGUCCUUGGAGGCCCUGUCUGAAUCUCCUGAUGUGGAGGUGCUGAAACCACCCUCGUCCGUCGUCGGCGUUAGUCAGUCCAACAAGGGCAUCAAUGUGAAGGAGAUUUUGAAAAGCUUGGUAGCAGCGCCACUGCAGGGGAUGGAAGCUGGGCUGGAGCCUGUGUCCUCUGACUCCGUCGCCAAGGCCCAGGCGGUGCUGCCGGUGCAGUUUCACUCCUUUGACAGGAGUGUGGUUGUACCAGUGAAGAAAACCUCUCCUGGCAGUUUACCAGUUACAACACUGGGAACCAGCAGCAGUACCACCUACCCUGGACUUACAUCUAGCAGCACCCCUAACCUCUUAGCCGCUGCCUCUGCGACUCCCAAAAGCAUGAUCAACACAACCGGAGCUGCUGAAGCAUCCUCAGCCUCUUCAUCGUCUUCGUCCAGUUUGGUCAACGGAGCUACGAGCAAAAAUCUUCCAGCCGUGCAAACGGUGGCCCCCAUGCCUGAGGACACAGUAGAGAAUAUGAGCAUUACCACGAAGCUGGAAAGGGCCUUGGAGAAAGUGGCACCCCUGCUGAGAGAGAUCUUUGUGGACUUUGCACCUUUUCUGUCACGAACCCUGCUGGGCAGCCACGGGCAAGAGUUACUAAUAGAAGGUCUCGUUUGUAUGAAGUCAAGCACCUCAGUGGUGGAGCUUGUCAUGCUGCUUUGUUCUCAGGAGUGGCAGAACUCCAUCCAGAAGAACGCUGGCCUGGCUUUCAUCGAACUCAUCAAUGAAGGAAGGUUGCUGUGCCACGCCAUGAAGGACCACAUUGUUCGUGUUGCCAAUGAGGCUGAAUUCAUCCUCAACAGACAGCGAGCAGAGGACGUCCACAAACACGCAGAGUUUGAGUCCAAUUGUGCCCAAUAUGCAGCUGAUAAGAAAGGAGAGGAGAAAAUGUGUGACCACCUGAUCAACGCUGCCAAACACAGAGAUCAUGUAACAGCCAAUCAGCUGAAGCAGAAAAUUGUCAACAUACUCACCAACAAGCAUGGCGCCUGGGGCAAGCCGGGCCAGAGUCAGCUGCACGACUUCUGGCGUCUUGACUAUUGGGAGGAUGACCUGCGGCGGAGGAGGAGGUUUAUCAGAAACCCAUUCGGCUCCACCCACUUAGAUGUUGCCUGCAAGUCUCUGCAGGAGUAUGGUUUAAAGGCAGGCGAGCCGGUGAAGCUUAAGGGGGUUGUCCGAAGCCCAUCUGUGGCCAGUCAGAGCCCAGAGACUGAACUGAUUCUGGAUGGAGACGAUGAUAACGUUAGCCUGCUGCAGGAGAAGGAGAUGGACAACCUUGGUGGCCCGGUGGUUCUGAGCAGCUCGGCCCAGCUUGUCGCCCCUGCCCUGGUGGCCCGCGGAACUCUGUCCAUCACCACCUCUGAAAUCUAUUUUGAAGUGGACGAGGAUGAACCCGCCUUCAAACGGGCUGACUCAAAGGUCUUGGCGUACACCGAGGGUUUACAUGGGAAGUGGAUGUUCAGUGAGAUCCGAGCCGUCUUCUCCAGACGUUACCUUCUGCAAAACACUGCAUUGGAAGUUUUCAUGGCUAACAGGACAUCAGUCAUGUUCAACUUUCCUGACCAGGCCACAGUCAAGAAAGUGGUCUAUUGUCUCCCUCGAGUCGGAGUUGGCACCAGCUAUGGACUUCCUCAGGCCAGACGUAUCUCUCUGGCAACCUCUCGACAGCUUUUCAAAUCAUCCAACAUGACCCAACGCUGGCAGAGGAGAGAAAUCUCCAACUUUGAGUACCUCAUGUUUCUCAACACAAUCUCAGGGAGGACAUAUAAUGACCUGAACCAGUACCCGGUCUUUCCCUGGGUCAUCACCAACUAUGACUCUGAGGAACUGGACCUGACCCUGCCAGGGAACUUCAGAGAUCUCUCAAAGCCUGUUGGUGCACUGAAUCCAAAGCGAGCAGCUUUUUACGCUGAGCGUUAUGAGACAUGGAAGGAUGACCAGACACCGCCAUGUCAUUAUGACUCUCACUACUCCACCACUGCCAAUGUUCUGCACUGGCUUGUCAGAAUAGAGCCCUUUACCACCUUCUUUUUGAGUGCCAACAACAACAAAUUUGACCACCCUGACCGCACGUUUUCUUCCAUCGCUCGAUCGUGGAGAAACUGUCAAAGAGACACCUCUGAUGUAAAGGAACUGAUUCCUGAGUUCUAUUAUCUUCCGGAGAUGUUUGUCAACAGCAAUGGCUACCAUCUAGGAUUGAGGGAGGACGGAAACAUGAUCUGUGAUGUGGACUUACCAGCCUGGGCCAAAAAGCCCGAAGAUCUCGUUAGGAUAAACAGAAUGGCUCUGGAAAGCGAGUUUGUGUCAUGUCAGCUGCAUCAGUGGAUUGACCUUAUUUUUGGCUACAAGCAGCGAGGCCCAGAGGCGGUGCGUACCCUUAACGUGUUCCACCACCUGACUUAUGAGGGCUCCGUCAGCCUGGACAGUAUUACAGACCUCCUGCUCAGAGAGGCCACAGAGGCGCAGAUCCAGAGCUUUGGACAGACGCCAUCUCAGUUGCUUAUCGAGCCACAUCCUCCACGCAGCUCCGCCAUGCACCUGAGUCCGCUCAUGUUCAAGGACCAGAUGCAGCAGGAUGUCAUUAUGGUGUUGAAGUUUCCAUCCAAUUCGCCUGUAACCCACGUGGCUGCCAACACCCUACCCCAUCUGACAGUGCCGGCUGUGGUUACCGUCACAUGCAACCGGCUAUUUGCUGUCAAUCGAUGGCACAACACUGUUGGUCUCCGAGGAGCACCAGGCUAUUCUCUGGAACAGGCACAUCACCUCCCGAUAGAGAUGGAUUCUCUGGUUGCCAACAACACCGGCAGCAACAAGCGUCAGAUCACAGACCUAGUGGACCAAAGCAUCCAAAUCACCACACACUGUUUUGUGGUGACAGCUGACAACCGCUACAUCCUAGUGUGUGGCUUCUGGGACAAGAGCUUCCGUGUGUACUCCUCUGAGACAGGCAAGCUGACCCAGAUUGUUUUUGGCCACUGGGAUGUGGUGACAUGUCUGGCCAGAUCGGAGUCCUACAUUGGUGGAGAUUGUUACAUCGUUUCUGGGUCUAGAGAUGCUACUCUGCUCCUGUGGUACUGGAGUGGACGGCAUCAUAUUAUUGGUGACAACCCCAACACCGGUGACUAUCCAGCACCACGAGCAGUUCUGACUGGUCACGACCAGGAAGUUGUGUGCGUGUCAGUCUGUGCAGAGCUGGGUCUAGUCAUCAGUGGAGCCAAAGAGGGUCCAUGUCUGGUUCACACCAUCACAGGGGAUUUGCUGCGAGCUCUAGAGGGACCGGAAAACUAUCAGUGUCCACGGCUCAUCACAGUGACUAGCGAGGGCCACUGCAUCAUCUACUAUGAGAGGGGCGGCUUCUGCAACUUCAGCAUUAAUGGAAAACCGCUUGCACAAAUGGAUGUGAAUGACUCCACUCGGGCAAUUCUCCUGAGCAGUGAUGGACACAACCUGGUGACAGGUGGAGAUAACGGCAUUGUGGAGGUAUGGCAGGCAUGUGAUUUCAGAAAGCUCUACAUGUACCCAGGAUGUGAUGCAGGCAUCCGAGCCAUGGACCUAUCACAUGAUCAAAGGACUUUAAUCACAGGAAUGGCAUCAGGCAGCAUUGUGGCAUUUAAUAUCGAUUUCAACCGAUGGCACUACGAGCAUCACAACAGAUACUGAAGUGAUUCAGAAGAUACCAACCCAUGACCAAGUUGGGCAGCAGAAAUCAGCAGGGAGACUGCUAGGUGGAACUUUUGCUUAGAAUAAAGAAAAAAGGUGACAAAAACAUUCAGAAUGUUUUCCUUUCAAACUGUGAAAAAAUAAACAAUGUUCUGUUGAGAAUAUACAUAAAAUUUGUUUGAUAUGUUUCAAACACUUUGUAGAACAUAAGUUGAUUUGUAAUUAUAGAUGGUGUUGUUUUUAUUUAUUGUAUAGGCUGAAAAGGAUAAAACAAUAAAUAAAUGUUGAAAUUGUCCUAAUCACAUUUAGAUGUUUGUUGGUUAGUUACACGAACAAAGUCAGUGUCUGCAUCUAUAGAAUGUUUAAAUGUUUGUGAAAAAAUACGUCCACAUCUGUUAAGUCAGACUUAAUGUGAGCUUAGUUCUUUGUGAUAAAUGUUUUUGAUAUGUGAGAAAAUUCAUAUUUAUGUUAAAAUUCAAACUCUUAAACUAAGAAUGAGUAAUUAUUCCAUUGAUUUCAAACCCUGUGACCUGUGUAUUCAUGUAAGCAAUAUCACUUUGUUGCUGAAAAAGUCUAAGGAAGGUUUUCGUUUCUGUAGCAUAGAUCGUUCAUUAUUGAUGAACGAAGAUGAAAAGUACUUUAUUUUUGGUAAAAUUACCAAAGCUAUCAAAUCAAAGGAUCGCUACGAGCUGUUCGUCUGUCACUCUUUAGACAAAAAUAUGCAAAUUUUUCUUUAUUUUAAAGAUGGGUGCUACAUGACAAACCAACCAAAAGCACUAAUUUGGCAUGCCAGGAAACUGAAGGCUUUGGAUUUACUUUGCUUUCUUGUGGGAUCAUUUUGACUCUAAAUUUAACUUAAGUUGUGCUGCAGCUUUUUUGGGAUUUAAGAUUGUAAUUGCAUCAAAUUUUAAUUAUUUUUUAUUAAAAUAAAAAAAUGUA